AUGACAUCCACGACUGUAGAAGAGACAAGGACCAAGCCAACUACGAGCGCGCCGCUCUCCACGAGGCUGGUCGCCCGGGAAUCGAGUGAGGACGGCUCGGCACUCUACCCGGACUAUCUGCCCUUUUACGACCCGCUCGAGAAAGUAGAUGAUCUUGGAAACUUCGAGCAUGUCGAUCCAGGCCACCGCGCCGACCCCGCGCUCCCCAACCUACUGGCCAACGCUACCCGCGUCGUUGACCUCUCGCCGCACGUGGGCACCGAGGUCGAGGGAGUCCAGCUUUCCCAAUUGACGCCCGAGGGCCUCGACGAGCUCGCGCUGUACGCCGCUCAGCGUGGUGCCCUGGUCUUCCGGAAUCAGGACUUCAGCGACAUUGGCUUCGAGGCGCAGAAGAAGAUCGUGCGGCACUUCGGCCCCUUGCACGUCCACGGCUGGGCGCCACACCCCGCUGCCGGGUCUUCUGAGCACAUGAUUAUCUACGAUCACAGGGAUGACCUGCGAGUUCGCAAGUCGUGGAAGGGCAGGAGUCCCGUUCAGUGGCAUACUGACCAGUCGCCGGAGCCCCAGCCUCCGGGAACGACGUUCAUCUGCAUGCUCGAGUCGCCGCCUACCGCUGGUGGCGACACGCUCGUGAGCUCGAGCGUAGCAAGUUACAAGGGCCUCUCGCCGCGCUUCCGCAAGCGACUCGAGGGUUUGACGGCGGUCCACUCCAACGACGACGGCGUGACGCAGGAGCUGCGCAACAACGGCACCGGCGCGGUCAUGCGCCGCCAGCAGCUCGUGCAGGAGCACCCGGUCGUCAUUGUCCACCCGGUGACGGGCGAGAAGGCGCUCUACGUCAACCCCGUCUACACGAAGCGCAUCGUCGGCUUCGACGACGAGGAGUCCGACUACCUCCUACGCUUCCUCUUCGACCACAUUGCCAAGCGCCAGGAUUUCCAGUGCCGCAUACGCUACGAGGCCGGCACCGUCCUCGUCUGGGACCAGCGCGUCACGAACCACUCCCAGACCCUUGACUACCCUGCCGGUGACAGGCGGCAUGCCUUCCGCCUCACGCCGCUCGCCAACAAGCCCAUUCCCGCCAAGGUGGAGGAGGAUGAUGGCGAGUGCGCCAAGGAUCACGCGAGAGUUCAGCUGGGCCUUUGCUAG